UAAGCCUACAGGAAUACUGUUUUCUUUUUUUUGUUUGGAGAGAAAUUGUAGCUUCAAGCAAAAAUGGGUACUGGUUCAUCGAAGAACACAGACAGCAGCUCGCAUGGCAGCGAAGAUAGAGAAGAUCACGGAGGAGGACAGCUUUACGUUUCUCUCAAAAUGGAGAAUUAUAAGCUUAAAGGAGAACUCAUUCCUCAUGUUUAUGGUUCCGUUCCAUUAAUUGGCUCAUGGGAUUCAUCUAAAGCUCUUCCGAUGGAACGGGAAUCAACUUCUAUGUGGGAACUGAGCUUCGUUGUUCCUCGUAAUCACGAGACAUUGGACUUUAAGUUCCUUUUGAAGCCAAAGUACAAUCAUGAGCCUUGUAUAGUGGAGGAAGGCCCAAACCGUGUACUUAUUGCUGGAACGUUGCAAGGUGAUGGGCGUUCAGCCUCGUUUAAGCUGGAAAAUGAAGAGAUUAUUGAAUAUAGAGUGUUUGUUAAAGCAGACAGAGUUUCACCAUUUGACCUUGCGGCUAGUUGGAGAGCCUUUCAGGAAAAUCGCAGGCUUUCUACUGUUCGAGGAGUACCAGAUGUUAGCAUAAAUUCGACACCAGCAAUGGGUGCAGAGCAUGGCUCUUCGGCUAGUCUAGAGCUUGAUCUUGAACAUUAUGUUGUCCCUGCUCCAGCAACAUCUGCACCGGUUUAUGCUGCUAACUUGACAGAAACUCCUAGGUCUCUAACACGUAAAGGGGUAUUUUCUGGGACAGAUGGCACUAUCAUUCCAAGGCCUUCCUCAAAAGAUGGUCACACUUCAAAUGAUCGGUCUGCUACAAUAAAGCAGAUGGAAGUAAUUGUCCCGGAUCCAACUAGAGUCCCCUCAGGGUCUGGUACGGUUGAAUCCAAGUCCAUGGGUGCGUUCUCGUCUUUGCAAAAGCAAGAUAGUUACAGGGGAAUCCUUGUAGAUAGGGGUGUGGGAUCUCCAAGACUAGUAAAAUCACCCAGUACAACCAGUUUUACUCUUGAUCUCAAGCCUGAUUCAGAUGCCAAGAAUGUGAUGCCAGCUGCUGCAGGAGCAGUUGCAGCUGGAGCUGUAGCUGAUCAGAUGCUUGGGCCAAAGGAAGACAUGCAUCUAGCAAUCGUUCUGGUUGGCUUGCCAGCUCGUGGCAAAACUUUUACUGCCGCUAAGCUUACUAGGUAUCUUCGAUGGUUAGGCCAUGACACCAAGCACUUCAAUGUUGGGAAGUACCGCCGACUCAAGCACGGAAGUAAUCAGACUGCUGAUUUCUUCCGAGGUGACAAUCCAGAAGGCUUGGAGGCUCGCAAUGAGGUAGCUGCCCUUGCAAUGGAAGACAUGAUCGCUUGGAUGCAAGAGGGUGGUCAGGUAGGAAUUUUCGAUGCCACAAAUAGCUCAAGGAAAAGAAGGAAUAUGCUUAUGCAGAUGGCUGAGGGAAAAUGCAAGAUAAUUUUCUUGGAAACCCUCUGUAAUGAUCCUAAACUAAUUGAAAGAAACAUACGCCUCAAAGUUCAACAAAGUCCAGACUAUGCUGAAGAGCCAGAUUUUGAAGCUGGAUACAGGGACUUCAAGAAUCGCCUUGAUAAUUAUGAAAAAGUUUAUGAGCCAGUAGAGGAAGGUUCUUAUAUUAAAAUGAUUGAUAUGGUCAGUGGUCAUGGAGGACAAAUACAAGUAAAUAAUAUUAGUGGCUAUCUUCCUGGGAGGAUUGUCUUCUUCUUGGUCAAUACACAUCUCACACCCCGUCCAAUUUUGCUAACAAGGCAUGGAGAGAGUUUGUACAAUGUUAGAGGCAGAAUUGGUGGUGACACUGCGAUAAGUGAAACUGGGGAGCUCUAUGCAAAGAAGCUUGCCAAUUUUGUUGAAAAACGACUGAAAAAUGAAAAGGCCGCUUCUAUACGAAUGGGAACUGACCUACAGCAUCUGAUUGAGCUAUCACUGGGUGGUUGGGGAGGGCUGGGAGAAAGAUUGGGUUUAAAGCAAUAGUGGAAAAGCAUUCUUUUAUUAUGUUACUGUCAACAUAUCAAGAAAAUCUAGUUCUUCAAUUUUAAUGACUAAUCUAGUUCAUCAUUUUGAAACCUGUUCUGAAUCACUUUGUGUUCUCUGGCUUAAGAAGAAAGCUUCCUUAAUCGUUGAUGAAAACACUUCCUUUUUCCUGAUAACUACAUCUCAAUAAAUAAAUAAGUUAAUAAAGAAAAAGAACUGAAGUUCCCUGCUUUGGUUAGUAAUCUGUGCCAGGAGCAGGGACCUUUGAUCUUUCCCCCAAGGCGAGCAAGCAUUUUCUAUCUUCUUUUUCUUUUUUUGGCCUGAUAUUUUCAACUGGAAAAUUAGCUCUCUAGAAGAAGCAUGAUCACAGCUUUCUCUGAUAUUCGUAACUUCCUAUGUCAGAUGGAAUUUUGAAGUAAAAGGAUCUAAAUGCAGUACUUAUACUUACUAUCAUUUCUUACACACAAACUCGAAGUAGGAUUAAUGGUUGCUAAAAAUCACAAAGCAAAAGUGCAUGAACCAUUAGCAGCCAACUUUUUCAGCUUAUACGGGAUGCACCACUUCCAGAAUUUAAAAAAUUAGUAUCAGCCCGUAACUAAGCUACUCCUAUUUAGUAGGACAGAUGUCAAACUUUUAUACUGAUCUUAAGAUUUAAGGAAUCCCUAUAUGGAAAAUGUGGUUCCCUAGCAGCUUAAUACACCUGUUUGCCCAAAAAGAUCCACGUUCUCCUCAAAAAGGAAAUCAAGAAAUAAUAAAUAAAUUCAGGUACUGUUCACUUUUUGUGGGGGUUGGGAGGAGGUGAUUUAAAAGAAUUGGAUUUGCGGUCUUGCAGCUGAUCUUUGGGAAUGUGCGAUGUGAUAAUAUCUCAAAUUUCUUGCUUUUGAAGAAUUAAAAGCUUACUUUUUUUCAAGAACAUAAUGCACAUGAAGAAAAAAAUCAGCAUAAUCAUGCAUAUAAAGAGUACUUCUUAAAAAAAGUAUGAGCAUAUAAAGAUUUUAUGGUCUCUAGGAGUUAUUAAGCUCAAAAGUUUCUAUUUUUCUUAUAUUUCUCCUUGAAAAGGACCCUGUUUAAGUACCUUGAUGGUUUGUUAGGCUUUCAGUACGUAUUGCUGACUCUGCACAGAUCAUUAACAGUUGAAGAUAGCUGGUAGUGCUUACUCUGCACAACUUAUUCUAUAUAUGCUAGAGAAAAGUUGUAUAAAAUGCUCUAUUAUAUGAUAUGCUCUGAUGAGAUUGUAAGUGACGUAUGCUCAUCAUUUAUUUGAUGAUGAGCCUUUUGUGAAUACACAGUUACCUUUAUCUCAAAAAAAAUAAAAUGCUCUAUUAUAUAUUCUGUGACUUAGAUAUGGACCAGCACAUUGCAAAGAACAAUUUUGACAGCUAGUCCAAUUGCUGGGUUUCCCAAG